AUCCACAAAGAAAACACGUGCGUACGUAGCGUGUUGUGCGUGCGAAUGCUUGAAUAGUGUGUUUUAUUUAAAGUUUGUGUCUAAUACAAGUGUUCUGUGAUAUUAUUCAUUGUUCAUUGAAACAAUGGAAGCACCGGUAGAUAAAACAAUAGACCUGGCAGAUGGGACAGCAGAGGGAAUCGCAGCAGACAGCAAAACCCCAGGAGAGCACAAGGUCGAGGAAGUGGCAAAACAAAAGGAAUCAACUUCUGAUUCAUGUUCGCAAACUGAAGAAGAUAGUAAAGUCAUAAGUUUCGUAGAAUCUACAACGGAAACUGAUACUACAGUGCCCAAAGAAAGCGAAAAAACGGGCACCGAUUUAACGCAAAGUAAAAUCGCAGCAGUGACCAUACCUUCUAGCGCAGAUAUGCGGAUUGUAGUCAACGAAAAUGCCGAACACAUUGUUCUCAAAGACGGACCAACAGAUGCGGCAGUGGUCCCGAUGGAAUCCACGGAAGUGGACAUGGCAUCCAAUACAGUGGUAGUACCAUCCGUUUUAGACCAGCAGAUCGCAUCCGAUGGAAAUGGCGAAUCUCUUACUCAAACUGUUAUCAAAGAUGAGCCAACGGAUGCGGAAAUGGAAUCAGCUGAGGACUUCACCAGGAAAACUUCCGAUUUCCCCACGGUGCCUCGGAUCACCAUAAAGCAGGAGGUGCCAAUUUCCAUGCACGAACAGGUGGCCGCCGAACGGGCAUUGGAAUCCAAGGCUGUGCUACAGAUUAACAGCAGUUCGUUGUCCCUGCUGUGCCAGUACAUCAGUUCCGAUUCGGAUUCGAACAUUACGGAUUCCGAUGAAGAAGAAACAAGAAAUGGAACCAACACAAUCGUCGCCGCCUCCAGCAGCAGCAACAGCAACAACAAGCGGAAGGUAUCAUCUUCCAGUUCGUCGGAAGACGAUGUGGAGAUUAUUCCCAAUACCAAAGAGUAUCGCAUACAAGAGGGACCAAUAGUCGUGAGUGACGCAGAGACGACGGCAACCGGAAUGGAUGAAUCAUCGGAAGACGAGCUGUCGGCUGAGGAGGAAGAAGUUCCACCGCAAACCCGACCGCCGAUCAAAAGCAAAGGAGAAAUGCUCGUCAAUGAACUGCCACCAAUUGAGGAUCUGCAAAUCUCGGUCCCGGAGGCCGAAUGUAAACCGAUCGGUCACGUUGAGUCCAUCGUGGCCCAGAUCGUCUUGGUUCAGUCCUACGCCGGAGUGGAACUGCUGGACCUGGAAACCGUCCUGUUCCUGGACAAAGGCAAGCGAGCGCUGGGAAAGAUUUUCGACGUUAUUGGUCAGGUUACUGCUCCGAUGUACUGUGUCCUGUUCAACACUCGUAACGAUGUCGUGCGGAAAGGAAUAUCUGUCGGAAUGCCGGUUUACUGUGCUCCCCAAACCGAGCAUACCUCGUUUAUCAUAUUGUCCGACCUGAUGAAGCACAAGGGAUCGGAUGCCAGCUGGCUGGAUGAUAACGAGGCUCCGGAUCACGCCCUGGACUAUUCCGACGAUGAGCAGGAGCGAAAUGCACGUGGACGGCGACGACGAGGCAGUUGCUCCUCGAGCGGACGGGUUUCCCCAGAUGCAAUGCAAUAUCAGCCGUACCAUCUUCCAUCGAUGCACCACCAGCCCAGACGAGGAGGUCGUGGCAGGGGUCACAGAGGAGGUGGGCCCUAUCGUAGCCGGGGUCAUAGCUGGCAUACCAAUCUUCCGUAUCACCAACACCCGGCGGAAAUACAACCGCCGCUACGGGUGCUGAAUCCGUUUGCGUUCGUAGCGGGAGUUCCUCCGCCACCUCCGCCUCCGCCGCCGGCACCACCAGGAGGAAGUGGUAAUUGAUUAGCUUUUAUCGAUUCGAGGCAACGCAGAACGAAUCAGCAUGUGGGGGUAAGUUUUUAUUUUUAGAUUUUUUUAAUGGAUUUUAUUGAACUUAAUAAACGAAAUGUUUAUGA